AAUGUUGGGUGGGUCUAAUAUUUCUCGGAAAUAAAAGCUCGUUUUCAUACUACGUUAAGUGCCUUAACGUUUAUUUCUAAGCAAAAGGCAACGUAACUGACACCUAUAUAUAAAGAGCGAUCCGAUGCAAGAAACAAAUCAAUUUAAUACAACCUCACAGUUGGAUACUUUUGACAACAGAGAAGUUGGCUGAAAAGAUGAUUUCUUUAGUGUGCUUGGUUUACCUGAUUGGCGUUUCACUUUUUGUGAGUACAACUGAAGCAAUAGGUAUCGGUGAAAUAGGAGGACAUGGAUUUGGCGGCCAUGGGAUUGGUUCUUCUGGUUUAGCUGAAGGUGACCGGGCAGGUUCUGGUUACGGCGGGCGUAAAGGUGGAGUCUCUUCUAAGGGCUACGAUCGUGGUUUCAAUUAUGGAACUGGACACGAUACGGGAAAAGCCAUCAGCAUUGGAGAUGAAGAACAUGGAGGAAAAGGUUACGGUGACAAGGAACUGGUCGGCUACGGACUCGGUGGAAAGGGUUAUGGCGGCUUAGGAUAUGGAGGAAUCCUUGGACCCGUUGCCUUCUUCCGAUAGAAGCUCAACACAGAAGCUGUUUACUAUUCCUUGAAAUUUUGAUUAGUACAAGACAUUAAAGCUGACGUAAUAAACAUAGGGAUAAAACCACACUUUUAAAUGUUUGCAAAAUACCAACUGAAUAUGUUGCCUAUUCAAAUAUUAGCGUAUUAAUAUAAAUAAAAUAUUGUUUUAGUCUGAUGUUAA